CGGGAGGUACGUCAACCAUCCCUCGCCAUUUUCCGUCAAGCUCACUCAAGUUAGCUUCUGUCAGUCGCUGUGUUUGUGUAUUGUGUUGUGAAAAAUUAUCCGUAUCGAUGAAUAUCAAUGGGAAAUCCUGCUGAUUACGACGCCAAACGAUGGGUCGAUUGUUGUGUUUGUGGCAUUAAUGCAUUGUUCGAGCAGUGAUGAUGGCCAAGUGAAGUGUUUUGUGUCGUAUGCUGGGUUGUCAGCAACAGUGAGAUCCUUUCUCUGGAUAUAUCGUCCUCAAGACGACGUCGGAUCAUAACACGGGAAGGUGACCAUGUCGGCAAAAAACAUCCCAGGAGAUAAGAUAAACCUGCGUCUGAUCCUGGUGUCCGGCAAGACGAAGGAGUUUGUGUUCAGCCCGGUGGACUCGGCGGGUGACAUCGCAAUACACGUCUACGAUAACUGGCCUGAAGCGGACUGGGCGGCCGAAUGCGUGUCCCGCGCGGAGAUCCUGCGACUCAUCUACCAGGGCCGCUUCCUGCACAGCUCGGUGACGCUGGGCGCGCUCGGGCUGGCGCUCGGCCGCACCACCGUCAUGCACCUAGUGCCGCGCGAACACCUCCCCGAGCCCAACUCACACGAUCAACGACAAAAGAGUAAAGGCGGUUCGAGCAGUUGUUGUUCAGCGUCGUGCUGCAUAUUGUAAUGCUCCCCCAUCUGGGUGCGCCGCGGCAGCGAGUGAGGACUCCGUGUUCAGUGUUCAGUGACGGGCCGCGGCGCACCUCCCGGACAUCGCGGCUGUCAGUGACGUGGCGUGCACUAAUAAAAGAGUGAAGGAGGCCCUUGCCACGGCCUCUUUGAGCGAUGGUUCAUUUUGCCCACGACUACGCCACUGCGAGCUAUCACUUCAGUUUAUUUCCGAUUUCAUAGCUUAAGCGAUGUCACGCGUAGCUCGCUUAGGACUCGAUUCGAUUUUUAGAUAUUCGGGACUCACUAGCUUAUGCAAACGGGAUGAGUCGACCCGGCUAUCGAACACAAAAUCUUAGUAUUAUAAUUUAGGCCAUCUACAUGAAUUUAUAUAAACGUUACUAUGGAGAUAUUUAUAAAAAUUAAAUGACAAAUUUAGUAGAAACGAAGUGUGUAAAUUACUCUCAUUUGCAUUGUAAAUAGUACGUAAUAUAUUUUGUAAUUCGUUAAGGGAGCGAUCUGCGGGAUUAAUGUUUUUGUGAUAAGUUCAUGCAAUAUAUUGGAUCUUUUUAUUUUUAUCGGUGUUUGCCGCUAGAUGUAGCCCCGCUCGCUCGGGCUUUAUAGUAACCAAUACACGAACAUUGCGACUGCGUCGGCUAGACAUGUAUAUGGACUGUAGUCUGUAACUACGACUCGCUGUAAAUCUUAGUAUUAAUAAUUGCUCCCGUGUCGCGGACGGGCGCGUCUCUGCCUCUAUAUUUUAUUAGAUCUUAUUUUCGUUGUAUAGGAGCGACUCGUGGUUGCGUUCCACUUGCAUGAGAUUAUAAUAUGUAUACAUAAUAAAAUCAUUUGUUAGUACAAUUAAUUCAGAAAUAGAGUGCACGCAAUUCAGACUCUUUAUGAACAAAUUAAGAGCAAUACUUCAUUGGAUCACCUAAAUUUUGUAAUAGCAUAUAUGACACUUAAUAGAUUUUUAUUUAUUAGCUUCUCAGCGUUACCAGAGUCAGACUGCUUAUGUAAAUAUUUUGUUUAAUGUUUCCUCAUAUACAUCACAUAGCAACCUAAAGUAAUCCUUAAUUUGGCAUUUCGUAUUUAGUUUUUAAUUAUAUUUUAAAUUGGCUUAAGGUUGAUUUGACGAUGGAUUAUUUUGGCUUAGCCUUAAUUUUUGUUAUAAGCUUACAUUUUAAAACAUGUCUUCGAAAAUAUAAUUUUAUACUUUAUAUUUAGAGUUGGUAAUCCAUCCCAUCAUGUAACGCGAAUAUUUUGUUAUAGUACAAAUUGAAUGGAAUGAUUUUGGCAAUAGUUGCUCAGUGCAUGGUAUCCAGUAUUCGGUCGCGCCAUCUUGCCACUCUCGCCGCGCGUGUCGGAUGCGUUUCCUCACUACUAUACAUAUAUAUACAUAUAACACACCAAAUACAUAUAAAUUACAAAACGACAGUAUCGAAAUGGCUAAGUAAUAUACUUAAAUGCCUUAUUGUUAAACUAGCGACCCGCCACGGCUUCGCAAGGGUUAACAAAUUAUACACCUAAACCCUCCUCAUGAAUCACCUUAUUGAUAGGUGAAAACCGCACGAAAAUCCGUUUAGAAGUUUUUGAGGUUAUCGCGAACAAACACACAAGCAGACGUGGCGGGGGACUUUGUUUUAUAAGCUGUAGUGACAUAAUAUGUACUACUAGUACUAGUAGUACAUAUUACCUAGUCUCUGUCUGUAUAGUUCUGGUCAAAUUAAUGCUGUUGCCGUUGUUACUCUGGUGCAUGUGUCAAUGAAUUAAUUGGGACUUUAUCUCAUUAGUACAGUCAGCAGCAGCGAUUGCUAAGCGGGCGAGGUGUUCAAAAUUACCUUGACACGCACUUAUUCUCUUAGUAAUAAGGUCGCAUCAAGAUCAUUUUGAACACCUGACCCGCUUCUGCAACUUCUGCUGCUGACUGUACGGUCAGCUGCAGAGAAAAGUUACCACCCCUGCGUAGAAGUUUGUAUGCAGGGGUGGUACCUUUUUUCUGCAGCUGACUGUACAGCGAUUAGGAGAAGGAAAGGUAAAUAAAAUUCUAUAUAAACUUACUUAUGUUGGAAUUAUUAUAUGAACUAGUUUGGAGACUGAGAGUGAUAUUGUAGUAACGAAACGCAUUCAGCUCGGCUCGGCGCACGGGCGCGGCCUUUAGAAUAGUUGCCGUAUGAAUGAUUUAUAUUUUGGUUGCUGUUCAGUUGCUGUAUGUAUGUAUUUUGUUAAGUUGUGUAAAAUAUCUAGUUUAUAAAGAGAAUAAAAUUAAUUUCAACUCGA